UAAACUUCCACAUCUCUCAUGUAGCCAUUUGCCCAAGAGCUGCAGAGACAAGGGCUGGCAGCCAUUAGGCUCCCAGGGUAACCAUGGCAAGGUGCUCUUGGACAAUAUUGUUUCUUCUCUCUGCCCUUUUCCUUCAGACAGAGCAGACAGUGUUUAUAUCAGCUGAUGAUGCAAACAGUGUUAUCAAGAGACAGAGGCGUGCCAGUUCCCUGCUUUUUGAAGAGGUCCUCCAAGGCAGCUUGGAAAGGGAAUGCCUUGAAGAGAGAUGUACGCGUGAAGAAGCAAGAGAAGUAUUUGAAAAUGAUGAAAUGCUUCAAAUGUUUUGGGAAGCCUAUUACGGUGGCAGGAGGUGCUCGUCGAGCCCCUGCCAGCACAACGGCGUGUGCGAGGACAGCAUUCGCGGCUACAACUGCACCUGUGCCGAGGGCUAUGAGGGAGAGAACUGUGCUUUCGCCAAAAAUGAAUGUCGCCACCAAGCGAAAGAAGGAUGUCACCAUUUCUGCUACCCAGGAAGCAAUUCCUACCGUUGUUCCUGUGCUGAUGGCUACAAGCUUGGAAAGGAUAAAAAACAGUGCAUCGCGUUAGAUCAAUGUGCAUGUGGCAGACUUCAAGACAGUGAUAAUUUGAUAAGUGAAACCAGGAAGGAACGUGAUGAGCAAUUUCCUUGGCAGGUUCUGAUGCUAAACUCAGAAGGAAAAGGCUUCUGCGGGGGAGUGCUGCUAAAAAGUAACUUUGUGUUGACUACAGCCGAGUGUGCCCUUCUGCACAGCCAUUUUGAAAUCAGGGUGGGAGCCGGGCCUAAUGGAACAAGUGGAACUGAGAAGACAGUGCAAGUUCACGAGAAACACAUCCACAUCCGGUAUGAUGAGGACACUGGAGAGAACAACAUUGCGUUACUACAACUCCAAGAGCAUGUUGAGUGCAACAACCACCAGCUUCCUAUAUGCAUCCCUGAAAGAGAUUUUGCAGAACACAUUUUAAUUCCAAAAUUGGCCGGCACAGUCAGCGGCUGGAGAAUGGAAGGUGAUGAACUUCAAGCUGAUGAGUUGCAGGUUUCAUACCUUCCUGCUGAGGACUGCAAACAAAUCCUCAACAUUAGCCUCACAAACAGGCAGUUUUGUGGACACCUCCAGGAGGCUGUAGACAAUCACCUGGCUGGAGGAAGCUUUUUAGCUACUGAGUAUAAAGGCACAUGGUUUCUGACUGGUAUCCUGGGACCUUGGCCACUAGAAGACACUGCCUGGGAAACACUUCUAUUCACUAACACUGCAAGGUACAUAAUAUGGUUUAAACAAAAAAUGAAGUAAGUCACAAACACAGCCAGCCCUCCAGCACUAAAGCCCUAUCAGUCACUGCAAGGAAACCUUUGGAUGCAGCCAGUGCAUCCAAUUGACUCUAUCAUGAUUUGCAGCAAUGGAAAUUGCAAUAACAUGUAUAUAACUCCAAUUCAUACAUAAAAGUCUGUUUGUCCUUCCUUCUUCUGCUUACACAGUACUGUGAAAGUCAUGGUGUGGUAAAAAGAGUUAUUUUACUAAAAAAACUGAACUUUAGGUUUCCUAGAAAUAUUAAUCCAGCCUUUCUGGAAUUUUAAAUGUUGCUUGAAAGAAAAGCCUUUUUAACUCUUGUUACCCUGAGGUUUGAUUCAGCAAAUUCAUAUUCUUAUUUCAACAUCUAUAGAAGUAAAACUUAUGAAGACCAGGGGAACUCCAAGCCUUUGAAUGCCUGUGUUGAUGUAGAACUUGACACAUUCUCAUCACACUGAAAAAUGCUUCCUCUCAUACAUGGGACCUGUGUUCUCCCUAUAAAUCACAUCCAUGUCUGUUAGUGGGCAAAAUGAAACUGAACUCUCAAAGAGGAGAAAAAAAAUAUCUUUUAUUUCCUUCUAAAGUAAUUAAAAAAAUCCCAAACUACCAUCCGAUGACUAUGGACAAAAAGUUAAUUGUACCACCCCCAAACAAACAGAAGUCUCAGGACAGUAACACUUAAAAUAAUGGAUCCAGUUGCAGAGUUUUCCCCAGAAGCAGAAAAAAACACACAAGUAUGGAUAAGUUAUUUAGAUAAGCUUUUGUACAUCGUAACAAAAAUGAAACUAAAUGUUACCAGAAUAGUAAUUAGAAAAAACCAAAAACCCCAACUCAUCUGUGGGCACUUAAAGACAAAAAUCCCACAUUUACCUGAACCUGUAAUUAUCACUGACACAGUAAAGCUUUUAGAGUAAAGCACUUCUUUAGUUUUUAGAGAAGGCUUGAAGAGAGUAUUGAGUACCAGCAAGAUUAUUGAAGUGACUUGGAAAUGGAAACCAUGAAAAAAACCCAUCAUUUCCACUCUGAGGAAUGGAUGAACACCAGUAACUUCACCCCUCUGAAAGAUAAAUGCAGAAAUAAUAACACGAAGUACUUUAAUAAAAGCUUUUUAAGUACUUUGGAAGGAA